GCGCAUACUUCGCAUCCCUGUAGAUACGCGGCGAAUUUUACGCACUCGCCGGCUGGUCUGGAGAAAAAAUACCUUGUCAGUUCUGAAAAAAAACAUCUCAGUUCUUACAGCAAAAUCGUAAAACAGCGUAAAUUGUGACAAUUAACCCGUUUUUAGAGGUGUUUAAGGGAGGGAGUUGCCGUCAAGGAUAUUUUGCUUUCCUGGCGCAAAAAAAAAGCAUACAAGUCAAGAGGACUUGUUGCAUUUCGGGUUUUCAUUUGGCCCUUUGACAUCUGUUUCUCCCCCUAGUGUGAUCCAGGCCUGGGCAUGGACGAGCGCACCGCCACUAUGGACCCCAGCAGUUGGAGCGGCAGCGAGAGCCCAGCAGACGACAUGGAGAGGAUGAGCGACGGGGCCGAGAAGGGCAUGGACGGGGACCCCGAAGGGGUGUGGAGCCCCGACAUCGACCAGAGCUUCCAGGAGGCGCUGGCUAUCUACCCGCCCUGUGGGCGGAGGAAGAUCAUCCUCUCAGACGAGGGCAAGAUGUACGGUCGCAAUGAGUUGAUAGCGAGAUACAUCAAACUAAGAACGGGAAAGACAAGGACAAGAAAGCAGGUCUCCAGUCACAUUCAGGUUCUUGCCAGACGGAAAUCUCGGGAGUUUCACACCAAGCUAAAGGACCAGAGUGUGAAAGACAAGGCACUGCAGAGUAUGGCCUCCAUGUCCUCGGCUCAGAUCGUCUCUGCCACCGCCAUCCACAACAAGCUUGGCCUCCCAGGCUUCCCAAGACCCACCUUCCCUGGUGCGGCAGGGUUUUGGCAGGGUAUGAUAUCCACUGGCCAGCCUGGAUCCUCACAAGACGUUAAGCCAUUUGCCCAGCAGGCCUACCCCAUCCAGACAGCUGUAACGACCACCAUCUCAGCGUACGAGCCUCCCACAGCCCCCACGCCUACAGCUCCAGCCUGGCAGGGCCGCUCCAUCGGGACCACCAAACUCAGACUGGUGGAGUUCUCUGCUUUCCUGGAGCAGCAGAGAGACCCUGACUCUUACAACAAGCACCUGUUUGCCCACAUCGGACAGACUAACUACUCGUACAGCGAUGCCCUACUGGAGGCUGUCGACAUCCGUCAGAUCUACGAUAAGUUCCCAGAGAAGAAGGGAGGACUGAAGGAGCUCUUUGGAAAGGGCCCUCACAACUCCUUUUUCCUGGUCAAGUUCUGGGCUGAUCUGAACUGUAACAUCCAGGAUGACUCUGGGGCCUUCUACGGUGUGACCAGCCAGUAUGAGAGCUCUGAGAACAUGACCAUCACCUGCUCCACCAAGGUGUGCUCCUUUGGCAAGCAGGUGGUUGAGAAGGUGGAGACGGAAUAUGCUCGCUUCGAGAACGGACGCUUUGUCUACAGGAUAAGCCGCUCCCCCAUGUGUGAAUACAUGAUCAACUUCAUCCACAAACUCAAACACCUGCCUGAGAAAUACAUGAUGAACAGUGUCCUGGAGAACUUCACCAUCCUAUUGGUGGUGACCAACAGAGAGACACAGGAGACGCUGCUGUGCAUGGCGUGUGUGUUUGAGGUGUCGAACAGCGACCACGGAGCACAACAUCACAUCUACCGGCUAGUCAAGGAAUAAGAGACUGCGGCCUAGAUUUCAAUCAGAUCGAACGUUAACCGACAUCCGCAUAGCAGAUGUUUUGGCGGUGUUGGAGGUGUAACUGCGGAAUGAGCUGAAAUAUCGGUGAGCGGCUGCUAUUGUGUGGCAGCAACCAUCCCUUCCUUAAUAUCCCUACCGCGUUAGGAGUUCAAGGAAGUGUAGACUCUAUCGAUGUUAGACGUAAUGACUUUCAAAUGUCAAACCGUAGAUGUUAGGCUAAUCGCAUGUUUUCAUGUUCAUUUAGAUGGGGGGGGGGGGUUAUAGCUUAUCAGUCUAAUUUGAGUGUUUGAACUUGUAACGUUGCUGAAUGAACUUCCAACGCGGCUGUAUGGGAUUUGUCAGAUUAUAGUCGGGUGUGAUUUCGUUUCAUCCAAUGGCGGUGUCCGCAAUAAAAUAACGCAACGAGCCGCUUGUGGAUUGGACAGCUCUCUGCAGUUCCACCUCCUGACACCGCCAAAACAACCGCUAUGUGAAUGUCAAUCUGAUUGAAUCUAGCCCUGACACUCAGUGUGAACAUGCUUCAUUCAGAACUGGGACAAACUAUCACUUAGAUCUCGCUAACCUGAAGGACAUGUAGCUUAUGAAGGAUGGAAGGAAGACAUUGAAGGACAGACCCUGAGUAUUGUCAGGGUUGUGGGGGAGGACACAAGGCAACCCCCCAGUGAAACACGCCUUCAGAAUGACUUACUUGACAACCGUAUGGAAAGUGGCUGUGCCUCUACACAAAUCCCACCCACAAUGUCCUUUGGUUACAUUGUGGGUGAAGUCUAUCACGGAUAAUAUUAUCAUUAUAUUUUUGUCUUUUUAAUGUAUAUUUGUAUGAGUGCAGCUGUCAAUCUGUGGUAUAGUUGUGUCAUGUGCCAUUUUUCCAGACUAGUUCAGGUCUGUAGUGUAGAAAGUGUACAUAUGAAGGGGCAUUGCGUAACAUAGGGGAGAUGUUCUGUGGAUUACAUUUGGAAACUACUCUGUUUCCAGCUUUUUAUACUGUAGUCAUCACCAAUGUCAACCAAUUACAGAUCAUAAUAGCCUUUCUUAAUUAGAUAAAUAGAAAAACUAUACAAACAGUUACUACAUACACUAUAUAUACAAACGUACGUGGACACCCCAUCAAAUUAGUGGUAGGCCACACAAGCUCACAGAACUGGACCGCUGAGUGCUGAAGCACGUAGCUCGUAACAAUUGUCUGUCCUCGGUUGCAACACUCACUACUGAGUUCCAAACUGCCUCUGGAAGCAACGUCAGCACAAUAACUGUUCAUAGGGAGCUUCAUGAAAUGGGUUUCCAUGGCCGUGCAGCCGCACACAAGCCUAAGAUCACCAUGUGCAAUGUCUAGCGUCAGCCGGAGUGGUGUAAAGCUCGCCGCCAUUUGACCAUGGAGCAGUGGAAACUCCUUCUCUGGAGUGAUGAGUUAUGCUUCACCUUCUGGCAGUCCAACGGAUGAAUCUGGGUUUGGUGGUUGCCAGGAGAACGAUACCUGCCCCAAUGUAUAGUGCCAACUGUAAAGUUUGGUUGGUGGAGGUGGAAUAGUGGUCUGGGCUGUUAUUCCUGGUUUGGGCUAGGCCCCUUAGUUCCAGUGAAGGGAAAUAUUAAUGCUGCAGCAUGCAAUGACAUUCUAGAGUUCUAGACGAUUCUGUGCUUCCAACUUUGUGGCAACAGUUUGGGAAUGCCCUUUUCCUGUUUCAGCAUGACAAUGCCCCCGUUCAUAAAGCGAGGCCCAUACAGAAUUUUUUGGUUGAGAUUGGUGUGGAAAAACUUGACUGGCCUGCAAAGAGCCUUGACCUAAACCCCAUCGAACACCUUUAGGAUGAAUUGGAACGCCUACUGAGAGCCAGGUCUAAUCUCCCAACAUCAGUGCCCGACCUCACUAAUGCCCUUGUGGCUGAAUGGAAGAAAGUCCCUGUAGCAAUGUUCCAAGAUUUUGGAAUGAGAUGUUCAACGAGCAGGUGUCCACAUACUUUUGGUCAUGUAGUGUACAUGUAGCUUUGUGAACAUCACUAUCAACACAAACAUUUUCCAAAGAAAAAAUAUGUAGGUUUUACAUUUUGUACAUUUUGGAUAACGACGCAAAUACUAAACUAUAAUGAAGACCAGUAAUAGUUAUAAUUCCAGGGACACUUUGAAACUAUAAAUAAAAUAUAUGAUGAUUCAGGUACCACUUUGCAGCACAGCUCUCUCAUAUCUGCAUCAUAUCUCCUGUGCCCAACUAAAAAUAAACCUGUAUUGUUAGGUAUUACUGCACUGUUGGAGCUAGGAACAUAAGCAUUUCGCUACACCCCCGAUAACAUCUGCAAGAUAUGUGUAUGCGACCAAUAAAACGUGAUUUUAUUCGAAGAGGAAAAGCACUGUGAGAACACAGCAAGACAAUGUGUACAGAUCAGAGAUUCCUCCUAUGUUCUAUUUUCUCUGAGCUGCUAAGGUUUUAGCCUGUAUGACAAUGAAGCAAAGAAAUCAUAGAAUACACAUAUUGAACAUUGAAAAUGGACACUCUACUACCAUCGUCACCCAUCCCAAAGCACUUAGUUCCUCUGUAUGGUUAUUGCAGGGUGGAGUAAACUUGUUGAAUGAACCUGCUCUUUUUAGUGACUGAGGAACACAGAAGUCAAAAACACUCCCAUAUAUUAAUCUGUGUUUCCCUGGUUCUGAAUGCUAAUUCAGCCUUAUUUUGCUUGUCAAUCGGUGACCUAUGCUAUUGGGCACAUUAACCGUGGUGGUAGGGAAUGGGAUCCUUACAGAUACUGUAUCUCCACCACUCAAGCUGUGAGAUCUUUCCUGAGCUGGAGGACAGCAUUGUAAUCUCCAUUACAUCCCAGUGUUAUGUGUACAGUGCCUUAGUGAGUAACUUUCCACCAAUGGCCCAAUGGUUUGCUUGGAUCGAAAAAUACAUAACAUUUUGUGACGCGUCAUGUCGGCCAUUAUAAAUACACGGCUAACUAUUAGUGGUUCUACAUGUGCACCUAUUUCACCGUGUUGUACAAAAUAACUGGUAAAUCAUACGUAGAUUAUUACAAUGAACAAGAUCCGUGUGUAAUAGCAGUAAUAACUUUGCCUUGCCUUUCAAAAACCAAAAAAACUGGAGACAUUUCAGACGUGCAAUUGUCCCUUGCACUGUAGCAUAAAGUGCCUUUGGUCAUGACUUUCCAGUGAAGAAAAGGUUUAAAAGAAGCUAAACCAAAAAGCCUACGUAAAUGGUGGAAGAGAUCACCAGAAUGCCUUUUCCAAUGCAUGUCCCUGUAGAACUGUAUUCAUUACCACAACAAUUUGACGAUUGCUGGGCGGCAGGUAGCCCCGCUGUUAGAGCAUUGGACCAGUAACUGGAAGGUCGCUAGUUAAAAUCCCUGAGCUGACAUGGUGAAAAAAAAUCUGUCAAUUAACCCUACUUGCUCCGGGGUCGCCGUUGAUAAUGGCAGCCCCAUGGCCAUGACCCCACUCUCCGAGGGUGUCUCGGGGAGUUGGGAUAAUGGAGAAAAAAACAACAACAACAACACAUUUCCAAUUCACACGUGCGUAUGAUCCACACUUUACAGUUUAGUCAUUUAGCAGACGCUCUCAUCCAGAGCGACUUACAGUUAUUGAGUUCAUUUUAAGAUAGCUAGGUGGGACAACCACAUUUCUCAGUCAUAGUAAGUACAUUCUUCCUCAAUAAGGGAGUCAAGUGCGAGUGUUCGUGUACUUGUACGUGUCAAACAGGACAUAUAUAAGAACCCACCCAAUUAUGAUUAUUAUUUGGGAAACGAUUGUUCCCUUAGAUGCAUGUUCAGUUCACAGUGAAUCUCCCUGUGGAGGUUUAUAGCAUCAUUGUCACAGUAGAUCAAUUGUGUUAUCAUGAUAUCAUAUGCACACUAACUUAUUCAAGUCCAGAAAACACAAUGCAGUAUAGUUGUAUGUUACACUGUGAGUAAAGACAAUGGAUCCGGGUUUAUGUCAUGUUUGGAAGACCUUUGACCUGUUUUCUAACUUAGUAAUAAUUGUUACUAGAUCCUGGGGUGUCCACCAUCACAGUAGUUUCUGUUUGAAUGUGCUGUAUGUAGGCUAUACUUUACAAUGCUUUUGUGAUGACUCCAGUUUAGCCAGAGACAAGCCUGUUGGUUUCAUGGCUGGGCUCUGUGUCUCUGUUCUGUCAACCUGGAAUAUAGAUUUUUCACACUUAAGUAUUUUGAAGGUAUUAUUUUAAACGGGCACAAGGAGAUUUUUUGAGAUCAGCAGCAAAGCUCUGGGGCCAUGCGCUCUUUGUCUAUCGGUACUGGUAACUUUCGUCUAUUGUUUUCAACAUUGGCUUUCAUUUUUCUCGGUUUGGAUGGCAUCCUUAGAGCAUUGCGUGCAGAUAAUACAUUUUAAAAAAGGUGAUUUGUAUAAAGAAGAAUGUAUUCUGAGAUGUCCUGGUACACAUGUUUAAUGUUAUCUUUAAUUUUCUUAAAGAUUGUGAAUUCUUUCAGACAAGAAUAUAAAAAGAGAAACUGACAAUAUGUGUGUUGUUACUGCAGGGUCUGGUCUUUGCUUUGUAACCUUUUCUUCAUUGCUAAAGUGUUAGAUAUUUUAUAGCUUUCUAGAAACUUUAUAUGCAUAUAAUACCCAAUAAAACUAAAUGGUCAAUUCUG